CUUAGAGAAGAAGGUAGAACUUUGGCAUCACAAUUUUGAGCUGUCUGAAGGAUUAUCCAAAGGCAGGACAAGAGCACUGCCUCCAGCAUGGGAGAAGUAUUCACAUUUGAUGGGAAUUUUGAUGACCUCCUAGAAAACUACAGUUAUUUUUCCACUAUUGAUCCCUCCGGCAUAGACGAAGCUGUCAUUUCUGGAGCAGCACCCUGCAAAUCUGAAGUAGUGACCACUGGACUCAAAUAUGUGACAGCAUUAAUCUAUUGCCUGGUGUGCCUUCUGAGCCUGUUGGGCAACUCACUGGUGGUGCUGGUGGUCACUUAUAACAGGGGAAACCGGUCUGUUACUGAUAUCUAUCUCCUGAACCUAGCCAUCGCUGAUCUUCUCUUUGCCCUCAGCUUGCCCAUAUGGGCCGUUUAUCGAGCUCAUGAGUGGAUCUUUGGCACUGCCAUGUGCAAAAUUGUCUCCACCCUCCUGGAGGUCAACUUCUAUAGUGGCAUCCUCCUGUUGGCCAUUAUCAGCAUUGAUCGCUACCUGGCCAUAGUUUAUGCUACUCGAGCAGCCACUGAGAAGAGGCACUGGGUCAAGUUUGUUUGUGUUGGCAUCUGGCUGUUCUCCUUGCUCCUCUCCCUCCCCAUCAUCUCCUCCCGUGAGGCUUUUCAGUACUCAGAUCCCCCUCAAAUAGUUUGUUAUGAGAACAUUCAGGGAAGCAAAACAUCUGACUGGAGGGUGGUGCUGAGAAUCCUGCCACAGACGUUUGGCUUCAUCAUCCCAUUGAUCAUCAUGCUCUUUUGCUAUGGGAUGACAGUGCACCAGCUUUUCCAGACCAAGAAUAGCCAAAAGAAGAAGGCCAUGAAGGUCAUCCUGGCUGUGGUGCUGUUCUUCCUGGUGUGUUGGCUGCCCUACAAUGUCUCCCUGCUUGUUGAUACCUUGUUGAGGACUGGUGUUAUUGCAGACAGUUGUGAGCGCCGUUCUGUUCUUGAUAGAGCCUUUUUAGGUACGGAGAUCCUGAGCUUCACUCACAGCUGCAUCAACCCCUUCAUAUAUGCCUUCAUAGGGCAGAAGUUCCGAAACAACUUCCUGAAGAUCUUGGUCGCCCGAGGCCUCAUCAGCAAAGAAAUCCUGAUUAGGUACAGAAAGGGAUCUACCUUCUCAUCUACUUCUGGCAACACCUCGACGACCCUUUAA